AUGAAGUUAACACUCUUCAAGAAAUCUGUGACUUCCCUUAAUCCGGACACGGACAUUAUAGACCUUGAGAAACGAGUACAGAAAAAUGAGUCUCUAUUAGAAAAUUUCAACGACAUACAAACCAAAAUAGAAAUCUUGGUUUUGGAUGAUCAGAACGAGGAAACGUACCUAGAGGAACGCGAGUCGUUUGAAAAUACAUACUAUAGUACAAUAGCCACCGCUGUAAGGCAUAUUAAGAACUUUAAAGGUCCAGAUCAACCUACAUCAAUCGCAAGUUCCUCACCCGUGGUAUCUGAGUCGCAAUCCACUCCGCGCCUUCCAGUAAUAAAACUUCCAACCUUUAACGGUAAUCUUGGCGAUUGGAUUCGUUUUCGCGACACAUUUGUUUCAUUGGUGCAUAACUGUGACAAAUUGACUGAUAUAGAUCGUUUUAAUUAUCUGACUUCCACACUGACAGGGCCCGCUUCCCGCGUAAUCGAAUCAUUAGGUGUAUCAGAAAUUAAUUAUAAAAUUGCUUGGACUAGAUUGAAGGAACGUUGUGAAAAUCCGAACGCGCUAGUUUAUUACCAUCUUAAUGGUUUACUAAACAUAGUACCUGUGAAAAAAUCCGACGGAGUAGCACUCAUCGAAUUCAUAGACGCAGCGAAUAAUCACGUUCAUGCCUUAGAAUCUCUUAUGAAUCCGACGGAAAUAUGGAACGCCUUGAUUAACUCAUAUCUAAUUAAGCUCUUAGAUUUCACUACGACCGACGAAUGGGAAAAACGAACGGUUAAUGCGACGGCUAGACCCACCUUCCACGAUCUUUCGAAAUUCAUCGAACAGCGCGCUCAAUAUCUCUUACGCAGAAAUAUUAGUAACGCAUUGGCGCCAGGACAAUUUACCGACAGAACUCCGAAGCAGGUAAACGCGAAAAUUAGACCAUAUGCGGCUCAUCUCGCAAAUAUCAAGCACGCAUGUUCACUGUGCAAAGGGGAACAUGCGCUAUCUCAGUGUUCAAAAUUAUUAGCGAUGCCUUUUUCCGAACGGCAUGAAACCGUAAAACGUCUUCAGGCCUGUUUCAAUUGUUUGCAUUUAGGACACAGUAUCAGUAAUUGUACUCGUGGCACGUGCAGAAAAUGCAAUAAAAAGCAUCACACAUUACUGCAUAAAGACAUUAACGAAACUAGCGUCAAUUUGAAAAAUAACGAUCAAAAUGCAUCCCAUUCUCACGCACUACAGGCCUGCGUAACAGAUCGAAACGAUCCGACCGUUGAGUAUACUGUGCUGUCUACCGCGAUAAUUUACGUACUAGACUCAAACGGUAAUAGUCAUAAAUGUCGCGCCCUAUUAGACGCAGGAUCACAGGCUCAUUUCAUUACUGAAGAUUUUUGCAGUAGAGUCAAUAUUCCGCGAUCUGAGACUGAAGCGAUAGUUGGAGGAGUAGGAAAAGUAGCGAAUCCCAUCAAAUUCAAGACACUCUCAAUCUCCUCGCGUUGCAACACAUUCAAAUCCACAUUAUCAUGUCUCGUAAUAAGGAAUAUCACUGAAGAUAUGCCGAACAUCACACUAGAUAAGAAGCGUAUCCCCAUACCGCCAGGUAAACCACUUGCGGAUCCUGGUUUCCAAGAACAAGGUCGCGUUGAUCUUUUAAUAGGCGCGGGAUUAUUUUGGCAACUUCUGUGCAUCGGACAAUACAAGGUGCCGGGAUCUAACCUAGUGUGGCAAAAAACGCGCUUUGGAUGGGUACUGGGCGGUAGUUUCAUUUUGUUAGGCAAACCUGAACGUAGAACUUGCCAUGCGGUCACCAACGCCAAUUUACACAAGGUAUUAUCUCGUUUCUGGGAAAUAGAAGAAACAAUUCAACCCGGAGGCUUAAAUUCUACUCUCGACGAUGACUGCGAACAACACUUUACGAAAACGACAACACGUGACAACAAGGGACGAUAUACUGUUUCUAUACCCUUCAACAAUAAAUUACACGAAUUGGGAGAAUCUAGAUUUUCGGCAGAGCGACGACUACUAAACAUUGAGAGAAAAUUUCGACGAGCUCCAGAUUUUAAGGAACAAUAUAUAACUUUCAUGCGCGAAUAUGAAAAUCUAGGUCACAUGUCAUUAGUUGACAACGAUAAACUCGACUCAAAACCGUGCUACUAUUUACCUUAUCACGCCGUUUUCAAGACUUCAAGUACAACAAGUAAAAUUCGCGUCAUAUUUGAUGGAUGGUCUCCUUCUUCAACGGGAAUUUCAUUAAAUGACACACAGUUAGUAGGACCGCAGGUACAAGGCGAUCUCUUUUCCAUCCUCGUUCAAUUUAGAAAGUACCAAUUUGUCGUAUCCGCCGACAUCGAAAAAAUGUACAGGCAGAUUCGCGUACAGGAGUCAGAUUGUAAACUUCAAAGUAUUCUCUGGCGUUACAGCGAUAGUGAUCCUAUCAGAACAUACCAGUUGAACACUGUUACCUAUGGUACAACUUCAGCUUCCUUUUUGGCAACGCGUACACUAAAACAAGUCGGUAUUGAUAAUGCGCAAACACAUCCUGAUGUCAGUAAAAUAAUAUUCAAUGACUUUUACGUGGACGAUUUAUUGACAGGCUGCGAAACUAUCGAACAAGCCAUUCACUUACGCGUAUCGUUAACGAAAAUCUUAGAACAGGCCGGAUUCCCAUUACGAAAAUGGGCCAGUAAUAAUUCCCAAAUAUCAGCCCAUCGUGAAGACCAAACAGAUACUCAAAUAGAGUUUAAAACCGCUGAUAAGGAUCCCAAAAUAUUAGGUUUGCUAUGGUCAUCUCAAACAGACGAACUCCAUUACGCAACUAAGAAUCCUAGUUUCGAUAAAAUCACAAAACGGCGAAUUCUUUCGGAGGUUGCGCAAAUCUUCGACCCGCUUGGUCUCCUUGGCCCAAUAAUAACAAAGGCUAAGUUAUUCAUUCAGCAACUUUGGCAACUUCAAACCUCCUGGGAUGAGGGCCUGCCUCAAGACAUCCAUACUCAGUGGGUUGAAUUUCGCUCCGAAUUAGUUAAUAUUGCAUCACGUGUCAUUCCGCGACGCGCUGUGGGUGAUAAGGCCCAAGUCAUAGAAAUUCACGGAUUUUCGGAUGCCUCUGAAAGGGCAUAUGGGGCAGUCAUUUACUUACGCACCCGUUGUAAAAAUGGAAAGUGGAUUUCGCGAAUCCUUUGCUCGAAAUCACGCGUAGCUCCGUUGAAGACAAUAUCCUUACCGCGACUAGAAUUAUGCGGCGCUCUCUUACUAGCCGAACUAGCCAACAAGGCGAGAAACGCGCUACACGUGGACAUACUUCCUGAAUUUUAUUGGACAGACUCCACUAUCGUAUUAGCAUGGAUUAGAAGCGAACCUUGUAAGUGGAAGACAUUUGUGGCUAAUCGCGUCUCCGAGAUUCAACGGUUAACCUCAAUCGAUCAAUGGAAACAUGUUCCGGCAAAGGACAACCCGGCAGAUCUCAGAUCUCAUAUCGAAAACACCUUUGACCUCUUCUCGCGAUAUUCGUCACUCUCAAAAUUACUGCGAAUUAUGGCAUAUUGUCUCAGAUUCACUGCAAAUGCUAGAGGGAACUCGAAUCCAGGUAAACUCAACCGCGAGAACAUUAAUCCUCCAACGGCUGCUGAAUUAAGGGGGGCAGAAGAAACGAUUAUUAAAAUUGUACAGCGAUCCUCCUUCAAUAAUGAAAUAGAAUCUCUCUCGAAGGGUAAACCGCUAUCCAAAGAGAGUCGCUUAGCUUCACUAAAUCCUUUCCUAGAUGAACUCGGUAUAAUCAGGGUGGGCGGAAGGUUAACCAAUGCCCCAGUUCCCUUCGAUGUAAAACAUCCAAUGGUCCUCCCAACGUCACACCCAUUCACGAAUUUGGUGAUAAAAAAUGAGCAUCUUCGAUUGUUGCAUGCUGGAUCACAGCAAACCCUAGCAUCCCUGCGUGAUAGAUUUUGGAUAUUGUCCGGACGUCGCAUUGUCAGAAGGUUUGUGCGCCAAUGCUUCAAAUGUUUUCGCGCCAAGCCCCUAACUGUCAACUACCAAAUGGGAAAUCUUCCUUCGCAACGCGUAACGCCUGGUCGCGCAUUUGCUUCCUGUGGAAUAGAUUACGCCGGUCCCUUUCACAUAGAACUCGCCACUGACUUAUCUACUGACUCGUUCCUCAAAUGCUUGCACCGUUUCAUAUCGCGACGUGGGCGAUGCCACUCUAUAUACUCAGAUAAUGGAAAAAAUUUCAUUGGUGCAAGAAACCAAUUAAAUGAAUUAGGAAUAUUAUUGAGUACUCCACAACAUAAUAGUCGCGUUCAAUCUUCACUAGCGAGAGAGGGAAUAGAGUGGCAUCUGAUUCCACCUUAUGCUCCGCAUUUUGGAGGCUUGUGGGAGAGGGGUGUAAAAUCAGUGAAAACACAUCUUAAGAGAGUUGUGGGCGAACAGAUGCUCACCUACGAGGAAUUGUAUACGGUCCUCACGAAAAUAGAAGCAUGCCUGAAUUCCCGACCUUUACAUCCCCUAUCCAGCGAUCCAAAUGACCUUACCCCUCUGACGCCAGGUCAUUUUUUAAUCGGCGACGCUAUAAUGGCACUCCCUCAAAUGAAUCUGAUUAAUAUCCAGCAGAAUAGACUAAACAGAUAUCAGCUCAUACAACAGAUGAUGCAGCAUUUUUGGAAGCGGUGGCAACGGGAGUACCUCCAUGAGUUGCAACAACGCCACAGAUGGAAGCUGCAAUCAUCCGACACCAUCAAGGUCGGAGACCUGGUACUUGUCAAGGAGGACAAUCUACCACCUUUAAAAUGGCGCCUAGGUAGAGUUACGGAGCUGCACCCUGGCACUGACGACAUCACCCGUGUGGUUACGUUAAAAACCGCGGACGGUCCAAUCAAGAGGCCAGUCACGAAAAUUUGUAACUUUCCAAGGGAAGACGCCCCGAGCUAG